UUGGGGAAACGUCGAUGACUAUGAGCUCAGAGAACCUGGUCCCAGAUGUGGAGAAGGGGACUGUCGUGGUGGUGAGGGAGUCACGGCCCCGCAGUGACCCCUGGAAGUGCUUGGGGAUCUCUUCUUUCCUCCUGCUGGUGGGGGCCACCGUUGUCCUGGCCUUCCUGCAUUUCAGGGCUGGCCAGCAGGCACUCAGAGAAUCCAGGGCCCUUUCUGAACCCUUAGAAGCGGGUCCCAGGACAAUGAAGUUACAAGCAGAAAGAGCUCAGAAGCCAGCAGCACAUGUCGUAGCCACCAUCGAGGGUGACCACCUCAAGUGGGAUGCCGAGGUAGCACCCACCAUGCUGCUGCAUGGGAUGAAGCUGGUCAAGAACAAGCUGGUGGUGCCGCAGAAUGGGCUCUACUUCGUCUACUCCCAGGUGGUCUUCCGUGGCCAGGCCUGCCCCGAAGAAGACCUUAGCCUCACCAUCUCCCGCUAUGCUGUGGAGUACCCCACGGACAAGGCCCUGCUCACAGCCUUCAAGUCAGUGUGCGUGGGGUCCCCGGCCCCAGGUCCAUCCCCGACCUCCGACCAAUGGCUUGAGUCCCUCUACCAGGGUGCUGUCUUCCGGUUGGAGAAGGGCGACGAGAUCUCUUCCCAGCCUGCCAGCACCAAGUAUGUGGAUGCGGAGAGUGACCAGGUGUAUUUCGGGGUGAUUGGGAUGGAUUGAGGACCCCUCCAGCACAUCCUACCAUCCCUACACCCCAAUCUCCACCCCACUCCUUCCCUGUCAAGGAGACAGCCCAUUGGCUCCGCAUUGUAGGUAAGACCUCAGGACACCUGUAAGACCUCCAAGGACCGAUCAGGUCCUCCAACACCAACCCACAAAGCCACUUCUCUACCUGGGGACCUCCAUCCUUCUCAGCCAAUGGCCAUCUUCUCUGGCCAAGACACCACAUCUUCCAUAAACUUUGAACUUUUUCGGAAUGGGGGCAAGGUCAGCUCUUGAAACAGCCCGUUUACGAUGCUCCACUGAAGAAGACCCCAAGAAAUCUCCAAGCUCAGUACUGCCCCAGCUAAAUGAGCUGACUAACUUAUUCUUCAUUAUUAUGAUGAUAAUUAUGGUUGACUAUUUUUAUACUAUUAUUAUUAUUGUUAUUAUUAUUAUUAUUGUUAUUAUUAUUAUUGUUGUUAUUAUUGCUGUUAUGGGCCAGCAUGAGAGCUUAUUUUUUUUAGCUAUUUAUUUAUUUAUGUAUUUAUUGAUGGCUUUGUUGAUGAGUUGUUGAGUUGGCCAAGCAGGGAGAGUUUGGAGGAGUGUGUGUGAGUGUGUGUGUGUGUGUGUGUGUGUGUGUGUGUCCCUGCUCAAACCAAAGAACUUGUGUCUUGCAUGGAAAGACUCCCAUGUGCCUACCUGUCAUGAAUAGAGGGGCGGGUAUGCGUUUUAACACACCCGCCCCACGUCUGUGUGUGUCUACACAAAGCAACACAACCCUGGCUGUGUUCACACACACACAAGCGCACACACACACACCUGGCCAUUGGAUGGCAUGGAGGAUGACCUGUUUCCUGUCCUAUUGGGAUCUUCCAUUUGAUUGUGUUAGAUAAGGCACGGUGUUGUAUAUAGCGCAGCUCCCAAGAGUCUCCUUGCUGUCUAGCCAGGAUGUGUGUGUGUGGUGUGUGUGUGCAAUAUGGCCCCUCUCCUCUUCUGGAGGGGAUAGGGAGUGACUACUGCCCCUAUAUUGAGCAUGGGCUCAAUGGGGUUCUAUGUAUACUGUGUAUAUUACGGUACUAGGACGCCUGGGUUCUUUGCUUACUCCGGAGGGCACUCAGGGCAGCUGCAAGGGAGCCCAGACACCUGGGGUCUCCGACUGCUCCAGGAGGGGACUGCAGGAAGCUAGGAUGAAGCCCGGACAGCUGUGUUUUCUUUACACUCUGGGCAAAGAGUGAAGUCAGAGGUCUUAAUUACAGCAGUGGGGGACUGGGAGCCCGGGUGCCUGGGUUCUCCCUGCUCUCCAGACCAAGACUUGUGGCGGGGG